AUGACAGAAUUGAGUCCCACGGCAGGGAAGUACUCCCAAGAUGUACAAGGGGAUGAGAAGCUCAGUCCUGGGAAAGCUCCAAGCUUAUGUUCCACUCGCUAUGGAAUAGCCUUCAUCACACGUCUCUGCAACUUCAUAAUAAUGGCACAAAAUAUUAUCAUGAACAUCACCAUGGUAACCAUGGCCAACAGCACAAACCAUCAGUCCCAGUUUAACAGCUCCACUGAGGGGCUGCCUGUUGACUCAUUUGAUGACCCAAAUAAUUCCCCAAAAAGUCUUCCUGCCUUUGACCCAAAUAAGUCCCCAAAAAGCAUCUAUCAGGUGGCAGUCCAGAGCCCCACAGCUUAUUCUCUCUUUGCAGGAAUGAUGCUGGGAAGCUGCAUUGCCAUCUUCCUGGGUGGCAUCAUCAGUCAAGCCCUUGGGUGGCCUUUUGUCUUCUAUAUCUUUGGAGGUGUUGGCUGUGUCUCCUGCCUUCUCUGGUUUGUUUUGAUUUAUGAUGACCCUGUCACUCACCCAUGGAUAAACAUCACAGAAAAAGAAUACAUCAUAUCCUCCUUGGCCCAACAGGUCAGCUCUUCUAAGCAGCCUCUUCCCAUCAAAGCUAUGGUCAGAUCUCUACCCCUCUGGUCCUUGUGUUUUUGCUGUUUCAGCCAUCAAUGGUUAAUUAACAUAAUGGUUGUAUACACACCAACUUACAUCAGCUCUGUGUUCAAUGUUGAUAUCAGAGAUAGUGGCUUCCUGUCUGCCCUUCCUUUUAUUUUUGCCUGGGUCGUUGGCAUCCUGGGAGGUUACCUGGCAGAUUUCCUUCUGACCAAGAAUUUUAGGCUUGUUACAGUGAGGAAAAUUGCCACAGUUCUAGGAUGUCUCCCCUCUUCAGCAUCCCUUGUGGUUCUGCCAUACGUUGCCUCCAGCUAUAUCACAGCAGUGAGCCUUCUGACGCUCUCCUGUGGACUAAGCUUGUUUAGUCAGCCAGGGAUCUAUAUCAAUGCCUUAGAUAUUGCUCCAAGGCAUUCCAGCUUUCUCAUGGGGGCCUCGAGGGGAGCACAGGUAUCUGCUAUCCUGGCACCCACUGUCAGUGGAUUUCUUCUCAGUCAGGACCCCGAAUUUGGAUGGAGGAAUGUCUUCUCCUUGUCAUUUGCCAUUAACACAUUAGGACUGAUCCUCUACCUUAUAUUUGGAAAAGCAGAUGUCCAAGACUGGGCUAAAGAGAGGAAACUCACUCGUUUAUGAAGUUACCCCACCUUGGAUGGAAAA